AUGAAUUCACCGGCUCCAAUACCUACCAACUCAGAAAUGAAAAAUACACCACAGGAGGAUCCAACGAAGUGCCCACUAUGCUAUUCAUCCUUACAGAAAUGUCUCAUUCAACAGAACUAUGCGAUGAUCAUUUGUCCCAAUGUUCAAUGUGGUUACCCUUUUACUACUAGCGAGAAUAUUGACCAUAUUUUAUACGUACAUGAAGAUGAAGUAUUAUCAGUCGCAGAGUCUCGAUUAAGUAAUUGUUGA